CAAUUAUUUAAGAAGAGCUACGGUAAACAAUAUGUGUAAACUUGGGACAGAUAUAAUGGAAAAACGUGCAAUUUUCUCAAUGAACAAAACUAAAAUCCGAUACAAAAACGAAUCCUCUCCACCAUUUUCAUGUCUGAAAAAAGCUCCAAAAUCAAGCUCGGCUUUCGUUGACUUCCACAUGACUUGUACUAUGGUUUUUGCUGUUUCCAAUCCUUCAUCACCAUCUUUCCUUCAUUAUUCCUCUUCUCCUUCAUCUUCAUCCACUGGUCGUAAAAUCUCACCUCACUGUUAUUUCUCAAACUCUGCAACCCCUAAAAAUGCAAUCUUUCGGCAAAUUAAAUGCAUUCCGCAGCUGGGUUCGGCUUCUUUUCGUCAUUGGAAUGGACUCAAUCACAUGGGCGGCACAAUUUCGCGAUACUCGGUGAAGUUUGGCAGAAAGAGAAAUCGUAAAAGUAAAGGAGUUUAUGCUUCUUUAUUUGGAGUUGGGGCACCUGAAGCUCUGGUCAUUGGUGUGGUGGCUCUGUUAGUCUUUGGACCAAAAGGUCUUGCUGAGGUCGCUCGUAAUCUUGGCAAAACUUUACGAGCUUUCCAACCAACAAUUAGAGAACUUCAGGAGGUGUCGAGAGAAUUCAAGAGCACUCUUGAGAAAGAAAUCGGUCUUGAUGAUACUGAUUAUCGGGUGCCAAAAAAUUUGAGUCCCGACACAGCUAAGCUCUCACCAGUGGACAAACCAGAAGAUUUAGGGGCAAACACUGAACUCAAUGGAUCUUCACCCGAAAUUGCCGAGGACUCGGCUAAUGACGGCUUAAAGGUCAAAGCAGACAAAUUUAGAGGAGCUCUUGCCCAGCUGCAGAAAGAGCAAGACGAGGAGAAAGAGAGAGAGAAAGAGAAAGAUGAAGGGAAAGCUCAAAGUGAAGCAGAACCCGAGUCUUCUUCUACAGAUACUCAACAAGAAGCUGCUUCCUCAGUUACAGUUACUGCUGCUAUAUCUGAGAACGAAGACAAUAAUGCUUCUCAAGAAGCUGCUUCAGUAGCUGCGCCUUCACCAAAUCUCGAAACUCAAAGCUGA